ACUGCAACGACGAAUUCUUUGAUCAUUAUAGAUGAACUUGGUCGGGGAACAAGUACUUAUGAUGGAUUUGGUUUGGCUUGGGCAAUAUCAGAAUAUAUAGCUACAAAUAUAAGGUGUUUUUGUUUGGUUGCCACCCAUUUUCAUGAGUUAACUGUUCUGAGCGAUAAUAUUUCUUACGUGCGUAAUUUACACGUAACGGCGUGCGUUGACCAAAAUCUUUCUGGAGUACGUGACAUUACUUUGUUAUACAAAGUGAACGAAGGUGUUUGUGAUGAAAGUUUCGGUAUUAAUGUUGCGGAAUUGGCAAAUUUCCCUGAAACUGUUGUGAAACUCGCAAGAAGAAAAGCUAAUGAAUUAGAAAAUUUUUCAAAUACUGAUCAAGAAGCGAAAAAACAAUGUUCGAGACAAGAAAUUAAG